UGAGCGGAAGCAGUUUGGGAUCCUACGUGAAGGCGCCGCAGCGAAGUCAAACAUCAGUUGGCAACUCAUUAGACUUGUUUCACGACUUUACCAUGGGUCGCGAGUCGCGACAUUACAGGAAGCGCUCGACUUCUCCGCGGCGCUCCGGUAGCCGCUCGAGGAGUCGCUCUGCGGACCAACGCUCCAAAAAGGAAGACCCGGACCGAACCAACAUAUACAUGAAGCGCUCGACUUCUCCGCGGCGCUCCGGUAGCCGCUCGAGGAGUCGCUCUGCGGACAAACGCUCCAAAAAGGACGACCGGGACCGAAGCCGGAGGGAGGGGUCGCGCAGCCGAGACAGGAGCAGGGAAAGGAGGAGAUCCAGAAGCCGAGAACGCAAGAGGUCUAGCAGCAGAGGCCGAGCCAGGAGGUCGCGCUCGGCCACCCCCAGCAAGAGCAGGAAAACUGAUGAAAAGUCAAAGAGCAAAGAGAAAGAAAACCUUGAUCUUGUAUCGGACCGGAAGAAAAUUAAGGAGGAAAAGGAAGAGGAGAAAGUUGAAGAUCAGCAAGACUUUGACCAGAACAAGCUGGAGGAGGAGAUGAGGAAGCGGAAGGAGCGUGUGGAGAAGUGGCGCGAGGAGCAGCGCAAAAAGGCCAUCGAAAACAUCGGCGAGAUCAAGAAGGAGCUGGAGGAGAUGAAGCAGGGCAAAAAGUGGAGCCUCGAAGACGACGACGACGAUGACGAGGACGUGCCCGUCCCGAUGGAGGCAACCGAGGAGGAGGAGGAGGAGGAGGCCAAAGACAAAGGAGAGGUCAAAGAAAGCGAGGUCAAGGAGGAAAAGAUGGACGAAGGCGAGAAGGACUCGGACCCCCCCGGCGAGAAGCAGGACGAGGACGACGAGAUCGACAUCGACCCGCUGGACGCCUACAUGGAGGAGGUGAAGCAGGAAGUGAAGAAGUUCAACAUGGGAGGCGUCAAAGGAAACGACAAGAAGGGAGCAACAGUAACUAAAGUGGUGACGGUGGUUAAGACCAAAAAAGGACCUCACACUCACAAGAAGAAGGGGGAGCUGAUGGAGAACGACCAGGAUGCCAUGGAGUACUCGUCGGAGGAGGAGGAAGUUGACUUGCAGACGGCGCUGACGGGAUUCCAGACGAAGCAGAGGAAGAUCCUGGAGCCCGUUGACCACGGCAAGAUCCAGUACGAGCCCUACCGCAAAAACUUCUAUGUGGAGGUGCCCGAUCUGGCCAGGAUGUCCCCCGAGGAGGUGAACACAUACCGGAUGGAACUGGAGGGAAUUACGGUGAAGGGGAAAGGCUGUCCCAAGCCCAUCAAGACUUGGGUGCAGUGCGGCGUCUCCAUGAAGAUCCUCAAUGCCCUCAAGAAGCAGAGCUACGAGAAGCCCACCCCCAUCCAGGCGCAGGCCAUUCCCGCCAUCAUGUCGGGCCGAGACCUCAUCGGCAUCGCCAAAACGGGCAGCGGCAAAACCAUCGCCUUCCUUCUGCCCAUGUUCAGACACAUCAUGGACCAGAGGCCUCUGGAGGAAGCCGAGGGCCCCAUCUCUGUGAUCAUGACGCCCACCAGAGAGCUGGCGCUGCAGAUCACCAAAGAGUGCAAGAAGUUCUCCAAGUCGCUGGGACUCAGGGUGGUGUGCGUCUACGGAGGCACGGGCAUCAGCGAACAGAUUGCCGAGCUGAAGCGAGGCGCCGAGAUCAUCGUGUGCACGCCGGGAAGAAUGAUUGACAUGUUGGGCGCCAACAGCGGUCGCGUCACCAACCUCCGCCGAGCUACGUACGUGGUGCUGGACGAGGCCGACCGGAUGUUCGACAUGGGCUUUGAGCCGCAGGUCAUGCGCAUCGUGGACAACGUUCGUCCGGACCGGCAGACGGUGAUGUUCUCCGCCACCUUCCCCAGAGCCAUGGAGGCUCUGGCUCGGAGGAUCCUGGCCAAGCCGCUGGAGAUCCAGGUGGGCGGGCGCAGUGUGGUCUGCUCUGACGUGGAGCAGCACGUGCUGGUGAUCGAGGAGGACCAGAAGUUCCUGAAGCUGCUGGAGAUCCUGGGCCACUAUCAGGAGAAGGGCUCGGUCAUCAUCUUUGUGGACAAGCAGGAGCACGCCGACGGUCUCCUCAAAGAGCUGAUGAAGGCCUCGUACCCCUGCAUGUCCCUGCACGGAGGCAUCGACCAGUACGACCGCGACAGCAUCAUCAACGACUUCAAGAACGGCGCCUGCCGUCUGAUGGUGGCCACGUCGGUGGCGGCGCGAGGCCUCGACGUCAAGCAGCUCAUCCUGGUGGUCAACUACAACUGCCCCAACCACUACGAGGAUUACGUGCACAGGGCCGGACGCACGGGCCGAGCGGGCAACAAGGGAUACGCCUACACCUUCAUCACGGAGGACCAGGUCCGAUACUCCGGCGACAUCAUCAAAGCCUUGGAGCUGUCCGGUUCUCCCGUCCCGGCCGAUUUGGAGCAGCUGUGGGCCUCCUUCAAGGACCAGCAGAAAGCGGAGGGCAAGUCCAUCAAGAGCAGCAGCGGCUUCUCGGGCAAAGGCUUCAAGUUCGACGAGACCGAGCACGCCCUGGCCAACGAGAGGAAGAAGCUGCAGAGGGCGGCGCUGGGACUGCAGGAUUCCGACGAUGAGGACGGCGCUCUGGAUAUUGAGGAGCAGAUCGAGAGCAUGUUCAACUCCAAGAAGCGCGUGAAGGACCUGACGGCUCCCGGAGCGUCGGCGGGCGGAGGCGGCUCGGCGAACGCUUCGGCGGGCUCGCUGAGCGGGCUCCCGGGGCUUGGACCCACGUCUGCCGGAAACAUCCAGAAGCUGGAGAUGGCCAAGCGGCUGGCUCUCAAGAUCAACGCCCAGAAGAACCUGGGAGCUGAAGCUCAGGACGUGAUGCAGCAGGCCACCAACGCCAUCCUGCGCGGCGGCACCAUCAUGACGCCGUCGGUGUCGGCCAAGACCAUCGCCGAGCAGCUGGCCGAGAAGAUCAACGCCAAGCUCAACUACACGCCGGUGGAGAAGCUGGAGGAGGAGCGGCAGGCGGCCGAGCAGUCCGAGACGGUCAAGCGCUACGAGGAGGAGCUGGAGAUCAACGACUUCCCGCAGACGGCUAGGUGGAAGGUAACGUCCAAGGAAGCCCUGCAGAGGAUCGGGGAGUACUCGGAGGCCGCCAUCACCAUCAGAGGGACCUACUUCCCUCCGGGCAAGGAGCCCAAGGAGGGCGAGCGCAAGAUCUACUUGGCCAUUGAAAGCGCAAACGAGCUGGCUGUGACGAAAGCCAAAACGGAGAUCACACGUCUUAUCAAGGAAGAACUCAUCAGAUUACAAAACUCCUACCAGCCGACCAGCAAAGGACGAUACAAAGUGUUGUAAAGGAGACUUACUUGUCAUCAAAGAAUAUUUUGGGGUUUUUUGUUUUUAAAUAAUGCUUUCUUCCCAGCCUAUAUUUUUGCAGGUUUUCAGUGGUGAUAAUUAUCCAUAUAAAUACCUCCUAGCUCCAAAUCCACAAGUCAUCACCGAACCUUUCCAUGAAACAAAAAUCAGUUUCACCUUUUUUGUAUUAAUAAAAAAAAAAAAAUGUGUUUUAAUAAUUUUUCAAACCCCUCAACAAUUAAUAAAUCAUAAUGUUGGUGAGGA